AUGACUCUAGUACUGGAGCAGGAGAUGUACACAGUGAACCUGGAGCAGCUUGAUUGUGAGGGGGCAGAGCCAGCCUGCGUAGCCUUCACCAUUGCCUAUGCACCUGCCCAGGUUCUCCGCUUCAGCGGGAAGAGGCGGGCGCUUGGCUUGAAAGAUGCUGGUGAGCUCAGAGGAGCCAGGUUCCCCCCUCCCGGCUCAGGCCUAUCCCCAGGCUCUGACCCCAGCCCCUCUCCCUUGCAGAGUCCAGCUGGCUCACUCGAGCCAGAGCCUCGGAGCACCCCAGUCCCUGACGGGGUCCCGGUGGGCAGGGGCGUCUCCCCAGGACGCCUGGAGAGGCGGUCGGGGCCGUGCGCGCCACCGGGGCUGGAGGAGGCUCUGAGCGCGCUGGGGCUGGAGGGGGAACGCGAGUACGCGGGAGACUUCCUCGCGGAAGUCCUGGUGUGCCGCGCGCUGCCCGGGAGGGCCCUGCCGCGUACCGUGACCCCGGAGAUGCGCGUGCUAGUGGUGGACUGGCUGGUUCAGGUGCACGAGUACCUGGGCCUGGCGGGGGACACGCUCUACCUGGCCGUGCACCUGCUGGAUUCCUACCUGCGUGCGGGCCGAGUGCGCCUACAUCGCCUGCAGCUGUUGGGCGUGGCCUGCCUGUUCGUGGCUUGUAAAGUGGAGGAGCGCGUGCUUCCCGAGCCCUCCUCCCUCUGCCUUCUGGGCGAUGGGUCCUUUUCGCGGGCCGAGCUUCUGCGCGCGGAGCGCCGCAUCCUGAGUCGCUUGGAUUUCCGGCUGCACCACCCGGGCCCGCUUCUUUGCCUCGGACUGCUCGCGGCGCUGGCCGGAAGCGGCCCCCAGGUGCUGCGACUUGCCACCUACUUCCUGGAGCUCUCUCUGCUGGAGGCCGAGGCCGCAGGAUGGGAACCGGGUCGCCGCGCAGCUGCGGCGCUGAGCUUGGCACACCGGGUGUUCGACGGGGCGGGCUCCGGGCUGGAUCCAGCGCUGUACAGGUAUGGCCGCUGUGGUGGGUCCCGUGACUUCAAGGACCUCUCUUCUGGGUCGCCGUCUUUACCGUCUCAGAGAAUGUCAGACAAUUUUGUGUGUGCGUGGGGAGGGGGAGGCUAGACUUGGUUUCCUGGAUGCGAGAGAAAAUGGGGUGUCUGCCUAGUCCAGCUGGUCCCAUUUGCUUUUCUCUGGUGGUGUCUGAGAGAAUGGAGUGUUCAGAUUUGGGGACCCUUAACCUUGCCCCGGGAUGAAAAAUAGGAUCUCCUCAGGCCCCGAAGAUGCUCUGCGUUGCAGGGUGGUGAAUGAGAUCCCCCAGAUUUCCCCAGCUCCAUUCUUGGCCUUUAGCUGUGAGAGCCCCUCACUCUUUGCAUAGCCGCGCCCUGCGGGAAGAAGCGAGGGUUUGCCCCUCCUCGGCGCUCUCCAGUCACCCUAGAUGGUGAGCCGCGCGUCCGACCUCCGGAGAGCCCCUGAGCAGUCCUCGGGAACCCAAGUCAACUUGUCUUCUCAGCCUCUAGCCUCAGGCUCCGAGGUCGUCUCUUGUCCCCUGCUACCUCUGCCCCAUCCCAGUUUCCCCGUAUCCCCGCCGCAGCCGGGCGGAGCUGGGCCCGCUGGAGCGGUGCAUGGUCCGCGUCGCUCUCCGAGGCCCCGCGCCGGGCCGCGCCGCCAUCUUCUUCAAGUACGCACGGCCGCAGCGCCAGGGCACCAGUCUCGCCGCCGCCCGCCUGCUCCGCCACCCUCUGCCCGGGUCUCCCUGAGCCCAGAGACCCCACCGAAAAAAAGACUCCGUGUGCAUCUGUCUUCCACUUCAAUAAAAGAGUUUUUAUUAUUUAGAGCGCUCUUUGUCCUCAGUGGUCGAAUUCUGGCCCCUCUCUCGCUUUUGAUUGGUCACUUCCCGGGCCUCUCAUCCACCUGAUUGGAUGUUUUCACCAAGUCCCUUAACGGCCCCUGGGAGACGCGAUGAGAAUUCUGGAUUCCGCCACCAGAGGGCACUAGAGGGCUUCCGCAAGUGCCGCUGAGCCGGGUGAAAUGCUUUGGGGAGUUAGGAGAUGCUGAGAGUAAGGCAAGCUGAAUGACCCUCGGUCUUCGGGUUGGGGAGAGGCUGGAGGCAUGCGGACCGCGAGAAAGUGAGACUGCCUGGCCUAGUCAUGAGGAAUACUACCUUGAUGUUGCCAGAUUUUUAGAUUUCGUUUGUGAAGCUUAAAAUCUGUGAUUCCAUAAAUAUCUCUGCUUAGGUAUUGGGGGAACGAAUUCGGUUUUUUUUAACAGGUUGCGCAAACCCAGCACGUCACAUCUGCUGGCCUGUGAGGUUCAUCAGUUUGUGAUAGUAUCGGCCUUUGAUAGCAAGAGUUUGUUAAGUGGGAUCUGAUUUACUUAACCUCUGAAAUGCCGUCUGUCAAUGGGUAUAACUAAGAGCACCGACCUCAUGAUGUGAGUUAACAUAAACAUAAAGCUUUAGGACCAUGUCUGACAUGUAAGAGGUGUUGUGAAAGUUCUAGCAUUGCAUCCUAGUGGGACUGUGGUUAGGUACAGUUGUCUUCUGUUUUUACCUAGCUCCUUGCCGCUUGGUACGUGGUCAAAAAUAUUGUUAUGAAUCAGUGCAUCUCCAUGUUUUAAAUUAAAACAGAAACACGCCUGAGGUGCAGAAAGGUGACCAAUGCUGUUUUGGAACCGAUCUCAGGAAUAUUAGACUCUAAACCAAGCCUGGGUUUGGAGAUACAGAGAGGAGGAAGUUUCCACCACUGAGGUGUUCACGUUCAAAGGAUCAGGGAUCAGGGAGAGACUUGGCAAAGUACAAUAAAAUAUAGAAGCAGAUGCUGCAGUUGGAUAAAAGGUGUCAUGUUCAGGUUUGGGCCUGCAGGGCGGAACCUGCCACAGGACCUCCA